AACUCGGAAAAAACUAAGUCAAAUCAUGUCAGUGAUCUUCAGGUCGGAAAGUUGCAGCUCUUGAAAGAUACUCCAGCUUCCAACUUUGAAUUCCGAUGACAGUUCAAAAGUGUUAUCCCUCGAAGUCCCAGUUGUCAUGAACGGACUGAAGUCGGAUAUUUCCGAGUUUCCAAUUGUUGAACGCGUUAUAAAUGAAAAUAGCAGACGCAACAGGGAUCUGUAAACGUUGAAGAAGUAUCCUAGAUUAUAUCCUUGUAUUUCCGUGUUUGUACAUUAGCUGUUCCCGACCUGGAAAAAGUGGACAAGUGGUAAAUUGUCCGAUUUGAAUUGUUACAAAUGUUGUCUAAAUUAAUGUUGAAUAAGCGAUUUGUGGUUAACAGCAGUAGGCCUAAUAAAUGUAAUCAUUUGCAAGCUUCCAUAGUUUUACUUUCAAUUUCCAUUGAAAUACAAAACACAGAUUUACAAGUGCAACUCAAAUGUGGCUUGAAAAAAGGCUAUCAUAUAUAUUGUAAUCAUUGAAUGUUGUCAAUAUUGUAUUGAUUUGUUUAAACUUUCAAUGAUGUUAGUCUAACUGAGAUCAAAUCUACUUUGCGGGACAUAAGAAAGGCCCAUUCUGUGCUAGUUACCGCUGUUUUUGUUCAUUUGAAAUUGUAUUUCUAAACCAAGGACAACCUAAAGAAGACUUAGGCUAUCUGUAAUGCCAUAAUAAACACUAACACAAUGUCUGCAGCUGUAUUAAAGUAUCAAGCUUUCAGUGUGUAGUUUGUUUUCUUCUCAGGUGUUUGUUGUCGUCAACCACCCAAAUCAGGAUCAUCAACCAUGUCCACCUCUAUCACAACUGCAAAUGGAGUUGUGGUAGUGACACAAGUGUUCCCCUUGGUGGAGAGUGGCAAGGCUUCAGUGCCACUUCUGAAUGUCACUCCCCAAAUCCAGAGUGCGCCCCCCGCUGUGCCACUGCCUACCACUAAAGUGUCAGAGAUGACAAGGGUGUUCCUGCAGGUUCAGACACAAUCUCUUGGGAUUGUGCAGAUCGUCCUUGGAUUGGUGUGCAUGGUGGUGAGCCUGUCUGCUCUUCUCACCCCUWUCCUGUAUGACCAGUUCCCGCUCUUCAUGGGAGUUGCUUUUGUCCUCUCUGGAUCUCUCACUGUGGCUGCCCGGAAAGGAACACGUUUGAGUCUGAUUAAAGGGACUCUGGCUGUGAAUGUUGUCAGUGUUCUUGUGGCUCUGGCUGGGGUUGCCUAUAUUUGCAUGCUGCUGACUGUAAAACAUGAAGAUGGUUUCUGCACCGAAACUGACGACAACUAUACUUCCGAUUCCAACCAGAACAGGAUAAAGGAAUGCACAAGCAUGGUUAGGACAAUAUAUGUAAGUAUUUAUGGAAGUGACCUGGUUCAUGUAAUUUUGCUGUAUUUAUUUCUUAUGCUAACUUCAGGGAACUCAGUAACCUUCCAAACACAUGAGGUUGGUGGCACCUUAAGUGGGGAGGACGGCUCGUAGUAAUGGCUGGAGCAGAAUAAGUGGAAUG